AUGGACCCAAUCCCAGUCAAGCCUUCUCCUCCUCAACAAGCCCCUACUGUAGAAGAGCCUACAACAUGUCGAGAAUGUCGACGCCGCAAAGUGAAAUGCGAUGGUGUUAUGCCCGUCUGCUCAAUUUGCCGAAAGUACAGAAGGCAUUGUCUCUACGACAAGCACAGUAGAACCCGGCUAACCCGAAGACAACUUACCCUCCUAGAGGAGCGUCUUGAGAAGGCUGAGACAGUCCUGAGGCGGCAUUACACUGAUGGCCAGAUUGCAGAAAUGCUGGAAGGUCCAAAAGAAGGACUGGUAACUCAGAAUCAACAGGCACCAGCGGCGACGCCAGCAACUGCACCUGAAUCGGCACCUACACCAGCACUAACCUUGGGGACAACGCCGGGAUUAGGCGGCUUGCCAAAUGCAACCCCGACCCCGGGCAAUGUGGACAACCUCCUCCAGCUACCGAAUCAGACACCUGAUUCUAGUGUUUAUAUGACAGGUACAGGAAAUGCAGGAACAUUCACUACGGAUCCUCUGCUUCUGGCACCCAUCGGUGAAUUAGAUGCAGCGCCUGGACUUUGGACUGCAUCGCAAGAUACAGCUUUCGAGGCCACUCUGGCUCCAGCUGACAACUUUGAGUGGAACGAACAAGAGACAUCAUGGGGAACAUACGAUCCCGCCACUUGGUCUAUAACAAACCAUGUUGAUGGAAACCCCCAAGCUAUCAUGGACGGCAUGGCCUCUCUGACCAUUGGCGAUCAAAAGAGAGGAUACUAUGGCGCUGCUUCUGGAUCUGCCCUCUUGCGUCAGAUUCUAUCUGCCCGUCCAGAUGGAGAAGAGGUUGACGCCGAAGUGGCACUACAUGAAAUUGAAUCUCUUUUUCAACAACACUCCGAUCACUCACAAUGGUUUCGUUCUCAAGCUAUGUUGACCAGAGUGGCUGUCGAGAACCUCAUCGACGCUUUUUUCGUCUUCUAUCAUCCUACCUUUCCUAUCGUGCAUGAGCCCACUUUUCGAGCGCAGUAUGCAGGCACCCUUCCUUGUGCCAACAAAGGCCACUGGAACACUCUGGCAAACAUUCUCGCAGCCUUGGGAUCAUUUGCCAGCAGUAACGUUGCUGAUGCUACAGACCUCCCCAUCUUCCAGGCUGCACAAAAGAGUCUGUUUUCAAACUAUCUCGAGGUUGGAAACCUAACUCUUGUACAAGCUUUCAGUUUGUCAUCAAACUAUAUGCAGAAGCGGAACAAGCCGAAUACUGGAUUCAACUAUGGUGGCUUAGCUAUUCGACUAGCUAUUGGUCUUGGACUUCAUAAGGACUUGGAGGGGAAUAGUCUUUCUCCCUUACAGACAGAGACUCGGCGCCGGAUAUGGUGGUGUCUAUGCGUGCUGGAUGUUGGCGCUACUAUCACAUAUGGCAGACCUUUGAACUGGCCACAGGCUGGUGUCGAGACUGCAUUCCCUCUGAAUAUUCACGAAAAGGACCUAACCCAAGACUCCACUCACUGCCCACCAGAAGUGGAGGGUAUCACGAUGUACACUUAUAUCCGAGUUCAGUCAGCUUAUCAUCUUAGCACCAUGACUGUCUAUAACCGCCUUAUCACCAGCCCCUUCCCAUCCGCGACGGAGUUGAUAACUCUGGAUGAUGUCUGCAUCGGCUCUUGGCUAGCCCAAGUACCAUAUUACUAUCUCGCAGUUCCACCCCCAGACUCUGAGUUUGCACUGGGCAUGGGUAUUUCAGAGUGGCGCUAUCGAAAUCUCAGAAUUGUCAUGUAUCGUCCGUUCUUGGUCCGCUGGGCACGAUCAUCCGCGCAGAAUGCGCAGCAAAACCUGACGAGUAGCGAGAACCUCGCUGUAUUCAGAUGUCUGGAUGCCGCGAAAGAAUCAAUCACGCAUAUCCAAGGAUACUGGACAUCUCGGUCACAUUCAAGGCUCGCAGCCUUUUAUAUCCUGUAUUUCCUAUUCCACGCUACACUAAUUCCUGUCCACUGCUUAAGACAGAACCCCCAUCACGCACUAGCCCCUGACUGGCGCGCGCAAAUCCAGGCGUCCCUAUCUAUCAUGGGAGCCAUGGCCGAGCUGAAUCCCAAUAGCUCCAAGUGUCGCGACAUCACUCUCAAGCUGUGCUGGCCACACUUGGAAGAAGAGGGUGCCCGCACAUACUGCGACAACGCCCCGUUCGUUCCGAGUGUAGGAGACAGCGAGGCAGCUUCAAUAAUCAACGGGUAUAAUACAUGGUGCGAGUCGAUGACGAACGCCGGGAUAUCGGUCCCGUACGACUGGGCGGAUGACAACGACUCGGCUCUCGGGUUCUUUUGA